UGAAACUCUCCCCCCCUCCUCAAAGAAUGGUUUCCAUCAUUACGUGUAUGUCAGAUUGAAACCCCGUUACAAAAAAGAUACACUCGCAAUGCCUGACCUCCACUCCCUCCCCGCGGGCUCCCGCCCUAAACAUGCCGUCCGCAACAACGGCCCCCCCAACCUCGCGCUUGAGCGAUACAUGCUCCGCGAACUCGCCGAAGGGUGGCCCUGCUACCGCGAUGCUUGCGAGUGGGAGAACCUGCGCUCGAUCUUUCACCCGGAUGCCCACAUCUAUACCACCUGGACGGGCCGCACGCAUCACAACGCUUUCAUCGAAGCCUCGCAGGCCGGCAUGGACAGAGGUGCGUUCAUCAUGCACCGCAUCCACGGCAGCACCACCGACAUAGACCCCACGGCCACUCGCGCCGUCACCAAGAUGAAGGCCACCAUCACGCAGCGCUUCGGCGAUCUUCCCUGCCUCGCAGGAGGCCUGUGUGAAGCCGACGCCGAGAGUGAUUGCCGCUUCAUCUUCUUCUGGCAGAAGAUCCAAGGAGACGAUCCUCGUUAUCCAGAGCUGGCCGGCCAGUGGCGGGCGGUCUUCGUCCGGCAUUGGUAUGAGAAGGAUAAACUGAUUCCCGUCACGCCCGACCGGCUGCCGAGGCUGGAUCACGAGCGGCUGCGCGGAUAUCCGCCGGGGUAUCGCCAUCUGGCGUAUCUCCAAGAGGAAACAAUGGGGGUCAAGGUUUUGUUGGAUCUGCCUGGACAUCGAAGGGAAGGCGAUAGCGUGCACGGGAGGAAACAUGAUCUGCUCUAUUGGCAGGCCAAGGAGUGGCUUGAUGGAAAGGAGAUGGCCUGGGAGUGAUGGGUUGCUCCGUUUUCUGACUGUAGCCACGUCUCGGAGACUGUCCAUUUCCAUUUACUACUC